AUGGCGCUCACAGAUACGCUGCGUGCUAUUUCGAUCCGUCUGGAACAACUGACCAGAAUGAAGAAGUUUGCAGAGUAUCACCCAAGAGCUGGGAUUAUUCACUUGGGAAUUCCUCGCUAUCUCAACUGGGUGAACGACGAUGAACUGGAGGAAUUCACGUUUUCUUUUGCACAGUGCGUUAGUGGGCUACAAGGACUAGGCAUUCGAGGAAUGCCGCCACAAAAUGAUUCAGGGCCGACGGUCCGAGAUAUACUGGUACUUAGAUGGAAAGAGCACUGGGAUGUACCGGGCUUGCAAGCCGUGAUUUUCAGUGAAAGAGGACCAGUUGGUGGAGUCACUAAUGUUCAGAAUUGA